AUGAAAGUUGUAAAUGAUAAAAAUGAAUCGAUUAAGGAAAAUAAUAUUUUGAUGACCCAAAUUACGGAUUUCCUUUCUAUUAAGAAUGAUUUAGACACGUCGUUGGUUAUAAAAGAUACCCUGAUAGAUAGAAAAGAAUCAAAUUUUUUAAUCGCGAAAGAAGAAACAAAUCUUUCAUUAAUUAGAAAAGAAGAGUUUAGAAUUCCUGUAGUUACGGAAGAAUUAAUUAUUCCUGUAAUUACAGAGAAAGAGUUAAAAAUUCCCAAAAUUACAGGCAAUUCUGUAGAUACGGAAGAAUUAAACCUUAAUCCCUUCAUUAGUCAAGAAAACAUGAAUCCAUCGUUACCAGUUAGCAAUGAAGAAUUCAAUAUGUCCUCAAGUUAUAAAGUUGAAAACAUCGCUUAUUUAAAUUCGAAUGCACAACAUUUCCCCACAUCUAUUGCAUUGAUAAGUUUCAAAGGAGUUGAGACGUCAUACGAUCCGAUGAAAUCAUUUCAUUGGCGACUAGCAGCAAAUCCACUCAUUACGUAUUGGAAGUUAGUUAAGAGAUUUUUCCCUUCCAAAAUAUUUAAUAUCGGGUGUAUUUUAUUAAAAGAAAAUGAGAAAGUAGGAAUUAAAUUAAUUCAAGAAGCCGCAGAAAACGAAUAUGGAAAAGCCCAACUUUAUCUUGGAGGGGCAUAUAUAGAAGGACGCAUAUUCGAAAGAGAUUACAAGAAGUCUUUUGAAUGGAUUUUAAGAUCUGCUCGUAAUAAUAAUAUUGAAGCAGAAUUUUAUCUUGGAUGUAUGUAUAAAUUUGGAAUUGGAUGUGAAAAAGAUUACAAUAAAUCAUUGUGUUGGUUUAUUAAAUCUGCAAAGCAUAAUCAUUCAGAAGCGCAAUUUUUCUUGAGAUAUCUGUAUAGAUUUGGUCAAGUUGUUCAAUUAACUCAAAAAGAUGCUCUAAAUUGGUUUAUAAUUUCAGCUGCAAAUGGACAAGUUAAUGCACAGUAUAUCCUUGGACAAAUUUAUGAAAUAGGUUUGUUAGGCGCGAAAGUAAAUGGAUUAAUAUCUUUAGUGUGGUAUAUUGAAUCAGCGAAACAAGGACAUUCGUUAGCGAGAUAUCGAUUUUCAAAGAUUACCCAAUUUGAAAUUAAUUCUCAGAUUAAAUCCCAGCAAUUCACAAAGAACUUCUUCUUGAAUUAA